UCAAAAGCAUUGUUUUCUGAAAAUAUCAGGGAAAUUCCUAGAAGUAUUUUUAGAAUUGGCAAACAGUAGUCAAAACAAUGAACAGCUGCAUCCUGUGAUAUAUUAUAUAACAUCACAUGAUCCGGCCUCGCAGUUGAUCGUGAAGGUGCAUAUUAACUUUGAAGGACUGCUUACCAUGUAUCAGCAAGUAAGAGCCAAUGUUCGCCAACAUACAUAUUCCGAAUGUAGCAACGAUGGAAAAUACAGUGAUGAUGAUUCUACAUCUGAAGAUAAACAGGUACUGCUGCAUUUCCUGAAGAACAAUGGAUCUAGAUAUGCAGAUAAAUUAGCAAAAACUUUUAACAGUACAGAAAAUAAUAUUAAUCAAUGUCAUCCAGGAGAAAUAAACUUCAAUACUCUUAUUAAUGAAGGUUCUUGUUGCAUUGAAGAUGUGAUUGAACAUACUGAAAUUCCAUCUGGAUCAUCUCUACAUGGUUCUGAUGUAGGAACUGAUCUUCAUCCGGAAGAAAUUUAUGGUGAGAUUGCUACGGAAGACAUGAAUAAUAAUGACCAGAUGCGUCAUAGCUUACAAACAUCGGAUUUGUCAAAUAUAGAGGGUCGACAAGAAGUACUGACUGCCGACUAUUUCACAACUAAAGUAGACUGUUUUAACUGUGGUAAUGUGUCAACAUUAACCGAUGGAAAUUUGCUAGCUAAGGGCAGUCAUGUUAAGUUUGGCAGGUACUCCCACAGCACUAAGACGAACGAUUUUUUAAAGAGACGUUUAAAAGGCAAGUUCGGCUUUCCGUACUUUCAUCAUGCAAUUGUUACCGAUAUUUUUUCCAAGGAAUCACAUAAGAUAAGCAUCUGUGUAGUUAACCUUACAACUAAGACAGAUACUGGCACUGUGAAAAUAGAGGUUAUUGAAGAAUGUAUGAACAUUAAUCUCGAGGAAGAAUAUUUGUUCUUAGUUGAGUACAAAUACUUAUCGUUUACUGCUCACGAGAUUAUAACACGUGCGAGAAGUUUAAGAGGAAGUAGAUCGUAUAACCUGUUUACCAAUAAUUGUGAGCAUGUAGCGAUAUGGUGUGUCACGAACAUAAAAGCAAGUUUUUAGUCUGAUAACUCAGGUGAUCUUAUUCAAAGCUGUUUGACCUGGUUUGCUGCAAUGCUGGCUAAGAUUUUUCAUUUACGUUCAGUUUCAAAUGAUAUAGUCUCUGCCACUAAAUUGUUAUUCUUGCGGGUAGCUAACUGUUCCAAGGUAACUGCAGGCACUCUUGGAGCAGUAAUUUGUUGCCCAAUAUUGUGUGCUAUUGUCGAGUGUAUUCUGCUGAUACGAAGAUUUAAACAACUGAAAGAUCAGUUAAAAAGGCGCCUGAUCUGUUUAUCCUGCUUCAGUAAAAAAAGAAUAAAGAUUCUAGCUAAGUUAGUCGUAGGAUUUACAGUGUCUAUUGCUUUAAUUAUGCCAACAUUAAAAUACGCUAUUCCUGUUAUUGGAAUAGGAAUAAUCGCACUUGUUGUGAUACCGUGGGCUUGCGAAAAACUUAUUACAAAGAUAAAAGCUAAGAUAAACCCAACUUCAGUUAUUCCUAAAAUGAUUGUGCAUUCAAUGAGUGACAUACAGCCUGGUGAUAUCUUGACUGUAUAUAAAGGCAUAACUGACCAUGACGUUGUCGUUGAAAAGGUAAAGCUGCUGAAUAGACAAGAAGGAUUGAAUGUAGAAAGCAUCGGUAUCGUUCAUUAUGCAUUCUGUGGUUUGCUCGGUACGCGAACAGUUCGAAGUGAAACAGUCCACAUCAACCUCAAUAAAGAGCAUUUAUUCGUCUAUGAUUUCCCUGAAGAAAAGACGUUUUCUUCUGAUACCGUAGCAGUUAGAGCGAUUAAGAAGAUUGGAGAACAGAAAUAUUUAAUGUGUUUAAUCGCAGAUCAAGUCAUUUGGCGUGGGAUUGUAAGGUUUUACCGAACGUCAAUGCCUGCCACAUAAGACGCCCAGUGAAGACAAUAAAAGACGUUCACAAAGGAGAUGUUAUAGAAUUCAAAUAUUGCGCGCUUCCCCACGUUGCAAUAGCUGUAGAGCCAAAAGACUAUAUACCAGCUGAUAUCAUUGAAUUAUCAUAUAUACAUGUUGCUGGGAAUGGAGAGAUCAAGAGGACGACAGAAAUAUUUGAUCUUGAGAUGAGUCCCAUCUUCUUUCACAUUUACAAAUUGAGUGAAAUAGAAGAUAACAACAAGGUUGUCGCAAAUGCUCAGCGGGUAAUUGGACGACGGCUUGACACAAACUAUAAUUUUUACAAAUCUUCUCAUUUUGUUUUAGCCUGCAAGUUGAAAUCUAAGGAGAAAUCUAAGGAUUAAGACUGCUUUUUUGAAAGUUAUUUAGUUGAUUAAAAGUUUUAGUUAGAAAUCAAGGAUUAACAGCAUUUAAAAUAAAGAUGAAUAGAGGAAACAGACUGCAUAAUCCUCAGUGAGAUGUGGUAUAUCUUAGAAAAUUGGAAAGAACUCUGCCCUGGAGCUGUUGAACAUAUUACAUGUAGAUUAUCAUUGUUCUAUACUCUUUCCGAAGUACAUUUGUUUUUCUAGAAGAAAAAACGCGUUUAAUUUUUCAUCAAGUUACAUAAUUUUGUACAAAUGAAAAUAUUGACAGAUAACAUUAAUAUAUGAUUAAAUAGGGAAAAUUUCUAUAUAUAAAUAAACUCAUCAUAGAUACUAGGAUUAAAUUUUGUAUGUUUUUAAUAUAUAUUAAUGCAUUUAUGGCAACAAUACGAUUUAUUUCGUAUAUAUGCGAUAUUUAUUUGGGUAUAAGAUACUACAAUUUUCUUUGUUUAUUAUAGGUCUGUUAUUUGAAAAAUUUUACUACGUGUUUUAAU